GAUAGGUAUAACUGGAAGCAGCGUGGUCAAGGGCACCGGCUGAACGAGACAGAUAGCAAGGAAGCAGCAAGGCGAGGAACCUCGUGUCAAAGCCAAAGGCCGAUUAAGGAAGAAGUCUGUCAUUUUGAGCUGUGUUGAAGAGAAGGAACAGUGCUGCUUUUCAAGUUAGCAGCAAAGGAAACCCCGUGGAUGUUUGGAUAAGAGUUUGAAGCAGCAAUGGACCAGGCAAGAUCAACAAUAUCUAAAAUUUUUAACGGAGAGCCACACUCCUACACGCGUUUCAACCUGACCCAGAACAUGGAAGGCGAUAACAGCCAGGUGGAGAUGAAGCUGUCAUCGGACAUCGAUGAAGAGGUCGGGGAAAACGGUGUGGGAGACAACCGUAAUCACAACUCUAACCGUAAACCUUACGUGGCUCAAAAGCUUGGACGCACACCGAAGAACCUCUGCUUCAUGGCCGCCGCUACCCUCCUCAUCUUUAUCAUCGGGUACUUGCUUGGCUACCUGGUUCAUCGGAAGAAGGACUUGGCUCCCACCUGUGCCGCCUCCGUGGUUCGUUUAGAUGAAGAAGUUGCCCAUGAGACGGGUGCUGCAUCCCUCAUGGACUGGGAUGAUGUCAAAAAGCUCCUUUCUCAUAAAGUCACUGCUGCCAAUUUUGAACCGGUCUUUCGUGAGUUUUCCAGUGCCAACCACCGGGCUGGUUCUCCAGAGGAUGAUGCUCUGGGGAACAAGGUGAUCCAGAAGUUCAAAGAGUAUGGCAUGAAAACCUGGACCGAUGAGCACUUUGUCAAGGUUCAGGACCGCCCAACUUCUGGCUCCAACAGAGUUGUUUUCAAGAAUGGGAAUGCAAUGCAUCCAGAGGGAUUCCUGUCCUACAGUGCCACUGGACAAGUAACGGGUGCUGCCUUGUAUGCAUAUUAUGGGCAGGAAAGCGACUUGAGUUUGCUGCAGGAUAGAAGCAUCAACAUGACUGGCAGGGUCAUGCUGGUCAGAGCUGGUAGGAUCAGCUUAGCUGAGAAGGUAGCAAAUGCCGCCAAAAUGGGUGCCUCUGCUGUGUUGAUCUACCCAGACGCCACUGAUUACAUGAAUUUAGACUCAAUUCAGCUCUUUGGACAUGUCCACAUGGGUUCAGGGGAUCCCUACACCCCAGGCUUCCCCUCCUUCAACCACACCCAGUUUCCACCGGUCCAGUCUUCAGGCCUCCCAAAAAUCUUGGCUCAGACAAUCACAACAAAUAUGGCUGCCAGCAUUCUGAAGCAACUCGGGGGUCAGGAUGGGCCAACAGGGUGGGGAGUCCUCAACAAACUGGGAGAAGAGAGCGAUCAGAUUACUGUGGAGGUCAACAACAUUCUCACUGAGAAAAAGAUAAAUAAUGUCUUUGGGGUAAUCAAAGGCUUUGUGGAUGCAGAUCGAUAUGUGGUUAUUGGUGCCCAGAGGGAUGCAUGGGGUCCAGGUUUUGCUGCAUCUACCGUCGGCACCAGCGUCCUCGUUGAGCUUGCACGUUCAAUUUCAGAUAUGGUGAAGAACGACGGAUUCAAACCAAGGAGAAGCAUUGUGUUUGCUAGCUGGAGUGCUGGAGAAUAUGGGAGUGUUGGCGCCACAGAGUGGCUAGAGGGUUAUGUAUCCUCUUUGAGCAUGAAAGCCUUCUCCUACAUCAACCUGGAUGGAGUUGUAACAGGUCAGAAAGGAUUUAAAGUGGCAGCCAGUCCCUUGAUGCACAGCUUGAUUGAGAGCACUCUGAAUGAGGUGAACUCCCCAAACAAUGCUGGGACUCUCUUUUCUCGAUUUGCAAAGGGCAACUUUGAAUCAGAGGUGUUGGUGCCUCUGAAGUUGGAUAAUGCUGCUUAUCCCUUCCUUACCUUUUCUGGCAUUCCCUCAGUAUCAUUUGGAUUCACCUCUGAUAAAUCUCCCUCCCAGUUCUACACGUUCUUUGGCACAGAGCUGGACACCUGGGAUAAACUGAACCUGGCCACAGGCAACCAGGUUUCUCAGCUGGCUGAAAUAGCAACCCGGUUUGCUGGUCAUAUGGCGCUGAGGCUGGUACAUGAUCAUCUGCUGCGGAUGGACGUGAUGAAAUACGACAAGAUUAUACGUACUCGAGUGGCUCAGAUCAACGGGAAAGUCAAGGCUGUUCAGAGACUGCAGCCCAAGCGGUUGCCCAAGGACCUGACGAUGCAGUGGUUGAUGUCGGCCUCUGGCUCCUACAGUCGCGCCUCUCGCAACCUGGCGACAGACAUCCAGAACAGUGACCUGGAGGACAUCGAGAUGUGCCGUAUCAUUAACGACCGCAUAAUGGCGGUGGAAAGGAACUUCCUGUCGCCAUUUGUCUCUCCCAGAGAGAAUCCUUUCCGCCACAUCCUGUUGGGCUCCGGAUCUCACUCUCUCGAGGCUCUGUCUGUGCACCUGGACGCCCUCAGGACGGACAACCCCGAGGCAGACGCCAACCUGUUCCGCAACCAGUUUGCCCUGGCAACCUGGACCAUUCAGGGCUGUGCCAACUCACUAGCAGGGGACGUCUGGUCUUUGGAUAAUGAAAUCUAAAAAUUAAUUUCCCCCUCCUCUCUUGUUCAUAAUUUGGCCCUCUUAUCACAACUGGCAGUGAUCAUUAACCAACAGUCACAGAUCCACAGCUUUUUAAGUUAAUUUAAACAGAUUGAGGAAACGGGCUGGAGCCGUUACUAAACAGAUAUUGCAGUUAUCAAAAUUGCUUCCCUAUUUUUUAACAUUUGAGUAAUGAGCUCAUCUUCCUUAUUUCUGCAAUUCUCCAUAAAGCAAAACAUUGAUAGAAAUGUCCUUAAGCAAAGGGUUGACCUCAAAGUUUAGAGGGUUCUUUUCUUCUUCUGUUUUUUGUCCACUUUGGAAAGACAAAAACCUUAAAUUUUUCCAUGUGGUAUUUAAAUACUGCAUUCAGAUUACUUUGGUGCUAGUAGCAACUACACGGCCAUGUUAUGUGGCAGUGCUACUUAAAUUAGUGCUACCCUAGUUGAAUGCAGUGAAAUUGAGCACAGUAUCAGGUCAUAAUCACAGGAAAGGCUGUUUGCAACCUCAGAGAUGGAUAAAACAGGAAAGCCGAUAGGGUACGAUAUUAGAAGCGCAAAACUUUCCAUCUGUUUACCAUAAUUAUUACAAAUCAGAACUGCUGGUAUUUCCACUGCAGGUCUAGCCUUGUGUUCAAACCUGAGCUGGUUUGUGUUGGUAGCUAUAAUUCAAAACCGUGCUGAAAUCUGCUAGUCAACUCAUUGUCAGGGAUUCAGAUGUCUCUACAAAAGGACUGACGAUGAAAUAACAAUAUCAUAGUUGUGUUGGCACAAAACACACCUAAAAAUAGAUUUUGGGAAGUCAGCUGUUACUUGGCAUUGUUUAACACUUGUGCUGCAUUAAUCCUUUCUUUCUCCAACAAAAAAAUGGAGAAAGAAAUCUAAAAUUGUUAAUUACCUGAAUGAUCUGCCCCCUGACAUGAGGACAAAUCUCUGGAGGCCUUUUACCAAAAACCAAUGGAGAAGGUCUCUAACCAUGUGGCACUGAAAUCGUACGUCUAUUUAUUGUGUUAUUUAUUUAUCAGUGGCAGGGUUCACUAUAAAUAGUUUUUUUAUUGCCUUUUAUAAAAAAAUAGUGUAUAAUUAUCGGGAGCAGUGCCUUCCAUAAUUAUGACAGUUAUACUGUCGAAAUAACCAAAGCAGCAUCUGCUUGAAAGAAGUGUACAUGUUGACUGACGGCCAGUACUGAACAAUCACAGUACCCUGCACAACUCUUAAUCAUUUUCUUUUUAACUGACUGGAUUGGUCUUUCGGGCAAGGCUAGCUUGGGAAACAUUUACAUCUCUGGCUGUCAGUACUGGUCCCUUGGUACACGUGCACAUCUCGUCCUGACAACAUUAUCGGGAGCAGUGUCUUCCAUAAUGUGGAAAAAAGAAGGUAGUUUUUGCCUACCACUGUGUGUCCGUAUCGGAGGCAGUGCCCUCCAUAUUUCACUGUAGGAGUGGAUGUUUUUUUCGGGAACAGUGUUUCCCAUAAUGUGUGUGUACAUACAUACACAGAAAAUUGCUACACAACGCAGCCCUUCUAUGAUGUUUCCAUGCUAAUGUAAUUUCCUCCUAAGGAAAGGUUUUAACAUCGGUGCUUCUGAAAACUUCCCAUUUUGUCUCAUUAGUAAGGUAAAGAAGCCGUCUUUUCUUUGGGCUUUAUGAUAUGGAACUGAGUGAAAUGUAUCAAACAUGUUUGAGAACACUGGUUGUAGGGAUGUGUUCUACACUAUGUCCGGAAAAGAUCACCGCUCACUCAAAUAAUGGGUUUUGUUUUUUGAUGAUUUAGUCUGUGUGAAAGUACAUUCUGCCUUCUAUUUUGAUGUGUUCAGUCACUGUUGAUGAUCUUUGUGCCUUCUUGUUUCAUGACUGCAUUGUAGAGCUGAGUUCUACGUACAGUACUUAGAGGUUUUGGAGGAUGUGUGUGUGGCAUGUUUGUUUAGUUUUGACGUUUGUUUCAUUUUUUCUCUUUAGUUACAUGAAUGAAAGUACAAAACCAUUGUAAAUGGGCUUUAAGAGUUACACACCGAAUGUUACAGUAGUUAAUGUGGUCCUUCUUUAGAUGAUCUAAGUCUGGUCACUACAUCAUGCCUCAGGAGAAUUUAAGAUUUGUCCCAGAUCAAUAGCCAUUUUAAAAUCUGUUAACCAUUCAUAGUUUGAAUGCUAAAGUGAUAGGCUGAGUUGUAAUGAGGCAUGUGUUGGAAGUGACGUUGCUAAUAUUGGCAUUUUGCUGAGAUGCACAAAAUUGGUCUUUGGACUUUUAAAUUCUAACAAUGUGGAUAAAUGUUUGGAGAUUGUUAAAAUAACAAAGCUUCUUUUCCUCAAACUGUACACAUUUGCUUUGCUUCACUUUUUUGUUGCUGCAAUAAACAAUCACAUC